ACACAAGCCAGUCUCAGAAUGGACUAACCGUUAUAGGUCCACUAACCACAAGCGCACCAAACCAAACUAACAUGGCGUUACUUGGUUCAGCACGUGGUUAGUUAACUCAAUCUUUAGGUAGUUCUUAAAUCGAAAUAUAACAUAAACAACAUGGAUUUACAAUACAAAACGAUUCAUCCUUCGAAAUAUUUGCAAGACCAUCUCGAUCAAGAAAUUCGGCCAGAUGGUAGAAAAUUCUUGUCGUUCCGUCCAGUAAGCGUCAACGUCUCGUCGAUUGUUCAGGCGGACGGUUCAGCAAUAUUCAAGUUGGGCGACACAACUGCGGUUUGCGGCAUCAAAGCUGAAUUGGCGACACCAAAAUCGGAUACACCGGAUAACGGAUACGUAGUAGCAAAUGUGGAUUUAUCACCCUUGUGUUCGUCGAAAUUUCGUCCCGGCCCGCCGAGCGAGCAAGCACAAGUACUGUCUAAGUCAAUAGAUAUUAUAUUGAGUAACUCGACAGCGCUUGAUUUGAAAGAUCUUUGCAUUUGCAAAAAUAAACUGGUAUGGGUAUUGUACUGCGAUAUCUCGUGUUUAAAUUACAAUGGCUCGGUUAUAGAUGCCUGCACCGGAGCGCUAUUCGCGGCUCUCAAAACACUGACCCUACCUGAAGUGAAUUACAGCAGCGAAACGGGAGUUAUCGUUGUGCAGCCCAAAAAUAGGAAACCGUUUACCGUGAGAACAAUACCAGUCUCCACGUCGUUUGCGCUAUUUGAGAAUCCGUUACUGAUAGCGGAUCCUACAGAUGACGAGGAAGAGUUAUCGUCAGGAAAGUUCUCCAUUGUAAUGGACGACGACGAACAGAUUUGUUACAUAAAUAAGCCUGGCGGAAUUCCGAUCUCUCAAAAUUUGCUCUCCAAAGGAAUAGAACUAGCAAAAACAAGAUCGAAGUUAGUCAGAUCAGUAAUUGAGGCAGCUAUUUCGACGUUAAGAGUGAACAGUAUUGAAACAGAUACUUGAGAAUAUAAAACAGUGUUUUAUUCAUAAACAUCUUUUACGUUGCAUAAUAUAUUUGUACCUUAAUAAAAAUUGAGAGGAAA